AUGUCUGCGCGACCUCAACCCACUUCCGCAGCCUCGUCCGCGCUUUCUACCAACAUAACGUCUCCAGUACUCAUCUCUCCCACAGCAGAUCCACAGACGAAACCGUUAUUCUUCUCGGAACAGAGAAAAGCUUCACACUCUGCCCCGCACGCUUUAGCAGCGCGAAGCUGUAUUACAUGCCGCAAGCGGAAAGUUAAGUGCGACAAGAAAGAGCCAUGCUCCAAUUGCACCAGAGCCGGAGGAGAGUGUAUCUUUCCUGCACCUGGUAGAGCUCCACGAAGGCCUAGGGUUGGUGGCAAGACAACGAGCGACCGAGAGGCGGAACUACUAAAGAGGCUUCGAAGACUAGAAGGCGUGGUUGAAGAACUCAGCGGGCACGUAGAAGCAGAGGGAGUGAAGCAAUCGCCCGGAAGUGACUCUUCUCUGCGUCGCCAUGAAUCAGGCACAACUUCAAGUACUGGUACAGCGACCGAAACCCCGAAGCUCAAAGUACGAGACGCGAAUGAUGGCACUGGAACUACAAAGGAAUGGAUAGAUAAACUCAUCAGGACAGGUCAUGGACCGCCAAUGAAUCUGCAAGAAACCGAAACGGCUGGCGGAGGAACUGGGCGACUUGUCUUCAAUGAAGGAAAGAGUCGAUAUGUGUCACACCCGUUUUGGAGCCAGGUUUCAGAAGAGGUAGAAGAGAUCAGGGCCUUGCUGUAUGAUCAAAGUCUCGAAUCCGAGGAAGACUCACCAACGCCAUCUGAUGAAAUAGAGACCACGGGAAGCCACCAGGGCUUCAUAAUGGGUUACAGCAGCACCGAUGUGAACCUUCGAGGGUUACAUCCUCUACCAUCUCAAAUCCCAUUCUAUUGGCAGACCUUUCUCGAUAAUGUGCAUCCAUUAGUGAUGAUUGUUCAUUCUCCCACAAUGAGCAAAACUAUAAAAGCUGUUCAAAGCGAUAUGGAAAGCUUAAGCAAAAGUACCGAGGCUCUGAUGUUCUCAAUAUACUUUGCUACCAUUACGUCCAUGACCGCAGAAGAGGUGAACACGAAUUUUGGCAUCUCCAAGACCGUUCUACUUAGGCAGUACCGGUUUGCUACAGAGCAGGCUUUGGCAAGAGCAAAUCUUUUGAAAACAAACGACAUUGUCACCAUCCAAGCCCUCGUGCUCUUUUUGAUAUGCGUUCGCAGGCAUGAUGAUACGAGAUUUGUUUGGACCAUGACGGGCCUUGCGAUUCGCAUUGCACAGUCUCUCGGCCUUCAUCGAGACGGUGCUAAAUUUGGUCUUUCUCCGUUCGACACGGAAAUGAGAAGAAGACUGUGGUGGCAGGUGUGUAUCUUAGACGUUCGUGCUUCUGAGGACCAUGGUUCGGAUCCUUCUGUCAUGACUUCUUCUUAUGAUACAGAAUUGCCCACAUCAUGCAACGACUUGGAUUUGGAUCCGAGCCAGAAAGAGCCCGUAAAGCCUCGGGAAGGAGUCUCGGAGAUGACAUUCUGCUUGAUACGUUUCGAGAUCUGUUCCUUAGCACGGGUUCUAACAUACUCCCCACCCGGAGGAUGUCCUGCUGGUCCCAUGCCUCCGCCAUUGACUUUGGAAGAAAAGGAAGAGAUGAUCAAAGAGAAGACAACCCAUUUGGAAAAGACAUACCUCAAGUACUGCGAAAAUGCUGGGCCAUUGUACUGGGUAGCAGCGACAGUUGCUCGACUUAUUGCUGCUAAGAUGGCCCUAAUUCUAUAUCAUCCACUUAUUGAACCAGACAAGACAGACAGCCUUACAUCAGACACGCGAGACCGGCUCUUUAUGGCCUCGAUCGAAAUCUUGGAGUAUUCUCAACUGCUGGAAGCUGAAGCAAGCACUAAAAAGUGGGGAUGGCUCUUCGCAACAUACAUUCAGUGGCAUGCGAUAGCCUACCUACUCGGUGAAUUGGCCAUUCGUGAUAACUCUAUCAUAGUUAAACGUGCAUGGCAAGCGGUGGAUAAUUGCUUUGGUGCCUGCGGCGUAGACAUUUUUAAAGGCAAGCAUGGUACGUUGUGGCGGCCUCUAAGAAAGCUUGCUCUCCAAGCUCGCAAAAGACGUGGUGAAAACAAUGCGGCAGCGGCUUUGAAUGGCAUACAUUUAGAAUUAGGAAUCUCGAAGGAAAACCUACGACCAACGCCUUCUGGUUACCCGUCGAAAUUAGUAACGCCGUUUGCACAACCGGGAAUGACGAUGCGCGAUCCUACUCAAGUCGAUCCUCAUGCCCACGAAACACAGUUUCUUACGAAUAUCCCAUUGUACCAACCUGGCACUCAAAUGAUGAAUGGAAUGGAAAUGGCAUCGGACCAAGGGCUUAUCGACCCACAGAUGUACCAGCAACUCGACCCCAAUGGAGUUUCUCACCAGUUUGGACCGAAUCAGAGCUCUUGGAUAUUAGAUAAUGCAACUUUGCAGGACAUGGACAUGGACGGAGUCGAAGCAGACGUUGAUUGGCGAAGCUGGGAUGAUCUAGUCCGCGGAUUCCAGUUUGACCAGGGAGCAGAGAUGAUGGACACCACGAGAGGGCCUGUUUUGGGUGGUAUGGGUAACUGGUGGUGA